AUCAUUGCGAAUGUUUGCGAACACUCCAGUCAUUUGGUACGGAGGCGACUUUCCCGUCAAAUACGGUACAUUAAUUCAUGGCGGCACCCAAGGCGUCGAGAUUUUUACCCGUUCUUUUCUGCUUAUUGGCGGUAUGCAUGUGGUUGUUUCUCUCGGUUGCUGAAUAUGUAUUAUCAGAAUUCCAUCAAAAACCUUCAUUAAUACCGCCAAGAAAAAUCACUUUAAAAGAUCCAAUAAAAGAAAUUCGGUCUAUGAAAGCGAUAUCAAACCCGUUAAAAGAAAAUCGAGCUUUGAAAUUGCCACCUACGAAUUUCUAUAUCAGGACAAAGGUUUCGAAGAACCUGAAAAAAUGGCAGACGAUACAGAUCUACAAGAGGAACGUUAAACCAGAAAACUUUGAUUUCAAAGUUAAUGAAACCUUGUUGCUUCGGGAUAAUAAAACGGAAUCGAUUCCUGCUCUACAGACAUGCGCAGUGGUUGGAAACUCUGGAAUAUUAUCGGGCAGCAGCUGUGGAAAAGCAAUAGAUGACCAUGACUUUGUAUUCAGGAUGAACUUAGCGCCGUUUGGACGCGGCUAUGGAAAAGAUGUAGGUUACAAGGCCAAUACCACGACACUAAACUUCUCGCAGCUCAUGUCAAUGGCGAGAUGCGCUAAAGGACGCUUUAAGAAAAUGUCUUCUAGUUGCUCAAAGAUGUUGACAAAUAUGAAAUUGUACAAUGAUUCUGUGAUAUGGUACUCGAAAGGUAGUUCGCGGAAAGGCAACAUGAACGUUUUGUCACGAGCUAUGAAAGAUGAAUUCAAUUUCACGGCGGGAUGGGCCUAUAGUCCCGUGAGUCUAUUUGGUGCUGUUCCCAGCAUAUGGGGAAAACGGCUACCUUCGACCGGUCUUCUUAUUCUGUCAGCAGCAUCUUUAUUCUGUGAAAGGAUUACGAUGUUUGGUUUUUAUCCAUUCCCAGUCGAUACACAAAACAGGACGUUAUCCUACCAUUACUACGACUCGGCCAAAAUGGAUUAUGCAAAGAAUCCGCACAAGAUGCCUGUGGAAUUCAAACUCUAUUUGGAGUUACAAAAGAAAUCGGCAGUGAAACUUCAGCUUGUGGAUUGUAACUGAUUAGGCCAACGAUGGGCCCUCACGCGACCGUCAAUUCGUGAGUUUGAAAUAAACGAAAGGAAACGAAAUACAAUCAAGAAAAUCUCGCAUGACUUUUUUUUUUAGGGGGGUCCGUACAUUUUACCAUUUAUUCAAAUGAUUUGUCUAACAUAUAAAAGCGUGAUGACUGU